UAUGAACAAAGCAAUCCAUUGCAACUUGUGUUUCGAAAUUUUAGACUUUAAAAGUGGUCCUGAACUUUUUCUACUCUCUUGUCAGCAUGUUUUAUGCUCAAAUUGUUCAAAACCAGGUAUUUGCGUCAUUUGUCGAGUUCCCGCAAAAUCCAUACCAAUCGAUGCUCAAAUGCCGAGAAACAUUCGUAAGUUUUUAAUGGAUACUGAAUCAAAGGUCACGGAAGCUGUUGAUACUGAAAGUUUUCAACUGGAGAAAUCUUCAGAUCGAUUUCUGAAAAAUUCGAAUUCUUCGUUGUUGGAAAUGUCAUCGGGAUCAUCGUAUUCGACUGUUAGUACGCCAUCUUUCUUGUUGGAAAAGUCGAAUAAUGGUUCUGUAGAGAAAGGAUUUGCAAAUAUAAUAUCGGAAAAUUCAGUAAAAAACUCAGUUUUUGGUUCAGAUUUUGAAUUGCAACCCAAACAUCAUAUCGCAAACGUUUUUGAAAAUUCCUUAGUGCAAAAUCCAUCGAAAAGCUCUAAAAGUCCAAAAGAUACUUCAAUAGUCUCAACUUUCGAUCUUACCUUCAAAGAGAAAUCUAAACCGAUCUCCAGUAAAUCCUCUACUCUUGAAAGUCCUUUAUUCGUACCAAACUUUAGAGCAAGUCGUUCAAAACAUUCAAUUUUUGAUCUGGGCUCUAAUUCAAAAUUUAAUCAUCUUGCUCUCAUCUCCGAUGAUGAAUCUUAUGAUAAAAAGCGAUUCGACAAAUCUGGCUACUUAAAAAACCAUCCAAAAAAUAAAUUUUCCGAUCCAAACUUUAAACUGAAUUCUGAAGCUUUUGUUGAAAAUUAUUGUACCGAAAAUCGCUUUGGCAGCUUAAAAACUCCUGCAAAAUCUUCAGAAAUCCUAAUAUCCGCUAUUGCUGGAUCUCAAGUUGAAACUUCUCAUGUUUCAAAUCGUUGUGUUAGCUCUAACAAUCAAGCAGGUCCUUCAAAAAAGCCAUUUUCAGCUCCUAGAGUCACCAAACGAAAAUUGAAUCUGGAGACAAAAAUUCCACAUUCCAAUCGAAGUAUUUUCUCAGAAAAUGCCAAAUUUGCUAAACGAGGAAGACCUUCCCAAGAAAACUAAUGUUUUUUUUUUUGGAAAUUUUUAGAACAAAAGUGAAGUUCACUAAUAUAUUUCUAACUCAAUUCAACAAAUUUUUUCAGUGUGUUAGGUAC